GGGAGAGGGAGAGAGGGAGGAAAGCAGUCUGAGAGAGAGGGGGGGAAUGAAAGCCUACUCAGCGGCACACAGCCACUCUGCCAGGCUGAUUGUGAACCCAGCUCCCACUUCAGAGCCAAAAAAGAGAAAGAAAAGAAGGAGAAAAUAGACUUUGGUCAUCCUGGCCAAAGAGUGUGUCUCCGGAAAGAAGAAGGCGCUGUUGGGACCAUGGAUUCGGACUCUGGAGAGCUUAGCGAAGGCGAGUUUUCUCCAGGCCAUGAGACCUUCAACUCCAAGAGCCUAGCGCUGCAGGCUCAGAAGAAGAUCCUAAGUAAGAUGGCCACCAUGGCAGUGGCCAACCUGCUGACGGACGACACCAGCAGCGAGAUCCUGGACGAGCUGUACAAGGUGAGCCGUGAGUACACCAGGAACAAGAAGGAGGCACACAAGAUCAUCAACGACAUCAUCAAGAUCGCCCUCAAGAUCGGCAUCCUCUACCGCAACCAGCAGUUCAGCCCAGAGGAACUGGAGACUGUGGAGCGCUUCAAGAAGAAGAUGAACCAGGCAGCCAUGACGGUAGUGAGCUUCCAUGAGGUGGACUACACCUUUGACAGGGUCAUCCUCUCCGAGGUGCUGCAGGAGUGCAGGGACCUUCUGCACGAGCUGGUGGAGAACCACCUGACGGCCCGCUCCCACAGUCGCAUUGACCACGUGUUCGACCACUUCGCCGACGUGAAGUUCCUGAGUGUGCUCUACAGCGCUUCCGAGGAGUACAGACCUUGCUUGAAGAAGAUCUGCCAGGGGAUUAACAAACUCCUGGACGAAGGUGUUCUUUAACUCCCACUCUUCUCUUUCGUUGGCCUUUGUUUGCUUUCCCAAGCCUUGUGUGCGAUGAACUGUACGUUUUUAUCGGGUGAAGACGUUUCCGUGAAUCCAUAUGUAUAUUACAUAUAUCUCUUGUGCUCCGUGUGCGUGACCUGGUUUUAUACUUCACAGAUGUUGGGAAAGAGGUGUCCUUGGGAAAAGCCUCCCUGUUUUUGAUUGCUUUUUAUACACCAUUUGCCGUUCCGGCUCCACUAUAUACUGUUGUUCAUUUGUAUAAUCAAUGCACACAGAAAGACACACACGUCAGUCCUAGAUUUAUUUGUGUUGUACAAAUCACACCUACACCCACUUUCGACACACAUUCGCUACCCAGCUUUUGUAAGAAGGUGACUGUUAUUUAGAGACUGAAUGUGAAAGCAUAACUUUCCCUGCAUAGAAACCAAGUUUUUUAAAAAAAGAAGAGAAAAAGAAAAAAACUGGAUCAUUACAUUUAAAUGUAAACACACUAUUUCUGUUCCACUUUCAAAUUAUCGUGCAAAGCAACCAUCCAUAAUUCCAAAAUCAGUUUCUACUUUACAAGUCACACCAGAGCAGUGUCUAACCUCCCUGUUCCUGAUGGCUGUGCCAAUGGGUAAAUAUGCCAUAUUCUUCAAAACCACAUAAGAGUGUGAACAUGGUAAGUCCUGCCUCUUCUGGGGAUGUAAUGAAAUGUUC